GUCAAAUUUUGAGUUGCAUUUUUUAUCGAACUGAAAUGUCAAGCAAUGUUUAUGUAAUGCUAAAAAUUGCAAUAACCGGAUAAUUGUAAUUACAACUGAAUAAUACUAUGUGGUUUAAUUAUGAUUUAUAGGAUGAGCGUAAGCACCGAUUAAGAGGCAAUCAAACUGCAAAUUCAGCAAGUAGACAAGUGUGUUCUUCCCAGCUUUUUGAAUAAUAUUGUAAAAUUAAGGAAAAUAAUCUAACAAGGGCAAUACAAAUAAGCAAACGCAAAUUACGUCUUAUCUAUUAGUGGCCAAGCACUUUUGUAGAAUCAAGCAUCCUCUUCAUAAAAAAUGUCUAUCAGAGAAGUAGAUAACUGCCAAGAGCUAACAGAAACUGAGGGUUUGAGGAAGAGGAAAUUUGUAGAAACUGCACAUCAAAAAAUUGAAGAAGCAUCACAGUUUAUCAGGAGGAAAAUACCAUAUUCUGGCCACUUUUUAGCUCCAAAGAGAUUAUGGUUGAAAAGAGUCCCAACAACAAACUGUGAUGUUGUUAUUAUUUUUCCAUCUGGGACUAAAGAUUCCAUACUCUUGUGGCUGUUAUCAAAGCUCCGCCAGUCACCUGGACUCACAAUACAUGUUAGGAACCAUGCAUCGACGCAUAAUAGUGCUUUCUACAUUACAGCCUCUUUUCCCACUUUGUUAAAGGCUGCGGAAGAAUACCAUCUGUUCAAAGCACUAAAACCAGACAAAGGCGGAGGCCUCAAGGAAUUUUGCGUGCAAGAACUAUCAUGUUACGAAAAUUCGCAUGACAAAGAACAUUUUUAUACUAGCGAAGAAAGACAAUGGUUAAUUUUGCGUAUUUUGGAAAGUAUUCGCGCAAAAAAUACGGAUUCCAAUGCAGUGCCUGGUUUAACGUUGAUCGAGGGACAGCCAAUCAUACCAAAAUGCUUGGUAGCAGGCGUUAUAAAGCAAGUUUUCCCCUUGCAUGAUCCAGCUGUUUUAGAAAUGUUACAAAAAACUUGGGUGCGCGAUAUUUUCUCUAGACAACCAUUAGAUGAAAUAGCCGAGUAUUUUGGAGUAAAAAUAGGAAUGUAUUUCGCAUGGUUAGGACAUUAUACUACUGCAUUAGUUAUACCAGCCGUAGUUGGACUCAUAUUUUGGUCGAUAUCUAAUGGGAAGAAUCAAACCUUAGAAGAUGCAGGCUACGUUAUUUUCUCAGUUUUCAACAUAGUAUGGGUGACAACAUACUUACAAGCUUGGAAACGGUAUUCAGCAGAAUUGGCUUUCCGUUGGGGUACUCUGGAUCAAAGAGAUGAUCUCCUUGCUGAUCCAAGGCCCCUAUUCAGGGGGCCGUUGCAUAUCAGCCCUGUAACUAAGCGACCAGAGCCCUAUCACGCAGCUUGGAAAAGACAUGCUUUUAGAUACUGUGUCUCGGUUCCGGUGAUUAUGGCCUGUCUUGUACUAGUAUUUUGUAUCAUGGCCGUUUCUUUACAGAUUCAGGACUAUUGGGAUACUUUCGUGAGAAACCAUAGUCUACCGAAUUGGUUGUGUUAUUUACCAAAAAUAUUGCUUGCUGUUGUUAUUUCAUUAAUGGACGAAGCAUAUUUCAAAAUAGCAGUCUGGCUGAACGACAGAGUAGUCCAUACAAACUGUAGACGAGUUACCACUUUAGUGUUGAGAAAAGACUGAUUUCUCGUAAAUUGGUUUUAAGCAGACUCACCAGUACGCUUUUCUUGUUUACAUGCUGCUCUUAGAAAACUAUCGCCUUGAGACUAAAUAUGAGAAUCAUCUCAUAGGAAAAGUAGCAUUGUUCCAAUUCGUCAAUUCGUUUCUGUCUUUGUUUUAUAUCGCAUUUUACUUACAAGAUCAAGCACGUCUAAAAGAGCAACUAGCUGCUCUACUCAUAACCAGACAAGUCAUUGGAAAUUUGAAAGAGUCCGCUUUGCCAUAUAUGCUAGAGCGAAUGCGCUUAGCUAAAAUGAGUUUCGACAUGUGGGGUGCAAUCAGCCCAGUAGGCCCAAAGCCAACGCCUGGAAGCGAGAGUAAAGAUACAAAUGAUGAAUCUUUGAGUGGCGAUGGCGACGAACCCACUGGCAAAAGAAUGAUGAGUCAAGCCGAACUGGAAAGCACUCUGUAUAAAUACGAUGGGACGUUUUCGGAUCACUUAGAAAUGGCGAUUCAACUGGGAUACGUCAUUUUGUUUUCAGCAGCAUUUUCACCAGCUGCCUUGUGUGCCCUUUUAAAUAAUUUGAUUGAGAUCAGAGUCGAUGCGUUCAAGCUAGUGUGCAUUUGUCAGAGACCUUUUGGACAAAGAGUGCCUAACAUUGGAACUUGGCAGACUGUUAUGGAGUAUAUGAGCAUCAUGGCUGUAUUGGUAAACUGUGCUCUUAUUGGUCUUUCUGGUCAAGUACAUCGAAUAUUUUCUGAUAUGAACGCAACACAAACUAUUUUGUUAAUUGUUGCUCUAGAGCACAUUAUGCUUGUGAUUAGAUUUAUAAUAACAUGUGCCAUACCCGAUAUACCCGGGUGGUUAGCCACAGAAAUGGCUAAGAUGGAAUGGGCUAGAAGAGAAGCAAUCAGAGGCUCAAAUACUCCACCAUCUCCGGUUGAACCUAUUUCAAAACAUAUAGGAAGGUUUUCCGUAUCUCCAAGCCACAGCUUGAUGAAAGCCGUAGAGAGUACGAGGUCUACGGAAAAUUUAAGACCAACAGACGUAGAUUAUGCAAAGGAAACAACACCUGUUGCUACACCUACCACACCUGGGCCUUCUACAUCUUCUACGCCUAUAGAUAGGCAACGCGGUAUAACAGCCGGUGGUAUAGCAGAAAUUCCACCUUUUCGGCCUAGGAAAUCCAAAGAACUAACACCUCCUGAGGUGGAGUUUUCACAUCAUUUAACGAUAGGACCUGGCGGGGGCGUAGACUGGGUUAAAAGACUGAAAGAUGAAAGUGAGAUUCAUAAAAGUACUGACUGUAUUGUUUCAAAGGACGCGUCGAGUUCAGAUUCAGAUUUGUUAAAAAGCAUUCCCAUGUGGCCCCCAAGGCCUAGAUCACCACCUACAACGCAUAAUAUUUCUAUAAGAGCUAAACAGAUGAUUCCAACGGACGCGUCAUUGAGUGAUAGCGCAAAGAGUAUUUCCAGUCAAGAAGGUGCAGAUGAAGCAGCUAGAGCUGCAGAAGAAUUGGCUGCGAAGAAAACGAGGGUUAAGCAAAGUCUGAUGAAAAGAGCGCGUUCGGUAGCCAUAUUUUCGUUGAAGUUGAAAGAACGUCGAGCUCGAGAGGCUCAAGAAAAGAAUGCUAAGCCAGCAGUAACCCCCACUGUGCCUUUGCCGCAACAGGGCGGCGAACUUUCUUGUAUACCGAUUGAAAAACUAAUUCAGCUAGAAGAUCUAAAAAAUCCCCAGCGGUCUAAUAAUCAAGAUGGUGCCACGUAGCAGUUUUACGUUCAGUCCAUGUAUCUAACUUUUUUGUGAUGUACUUUGCAUUCCGCUAAAAUAUAAGAGUUUGACAGACGUAAAAUGUAAUAUCCGCUUGCCAAUCGAUUGUAACGUGUAACAUUCGCUUUCAAGUUAACGCUUCUUGUUAUAAAUUAUAUUUUCACAUGAAAUAUUUGUGUAGUAAUUUAAGCAUUGCAUGUCAUGUUAUAACUGUUAUAUACUUAAUAUUUAAGAACAUCUGACAUAUUAUUUAGACUCCGAUCUGGAUGUAUCGAAAUAGGUAUGCAAACAGUACAAAUUAUUUAGAAUUAUUGGUGUCAUACGAAGCUUCAUAUGAAAUAAAAUAUAUGUGAUCAGUUUAUA